AUGGAUGGGAAUGUCAGCGCCGGGGGCACAGAGGGCCAGCCCAGGAGCCCCCACCGGACAGCGGAAAAUAAGCAUGAGGAGCAGGUCCGGAUUCCUGACAGAGGGGAGGACAAGACCAAGGCAGAGAUGGGGAGCAAAACCUGGGCAGACCUGGCUGGGGAUAUGAAGAUGUUCCUGUGGAACCCAGAGGAGAGAACGUGCCUGGGGAGAACGGCCAAGAGCUGGGGUUUGAUAUUACUGUUUUACUUCAUCUUCUACACGUGCCUGGCAGGAAUGUUUGCCUUUUGCAUGUAUGUGAUGCUGCUCACGCUCAGCCCCUACACGCCCACGUACCGGGACCGCGUGUCUCCGCCAGGAGUGAUGAUCAGACCGUACUUGAAUGGGUUCACUAUUGCCUUCAAUGCCUCUCAGCCCAGCACGUGGCAACCCUACGUGGACAGCAUGCACCACUUCCUAGCAGCUUAUGAUGACAAAGUUCAAGAGGAGAAGAAUAUUGAGUGUGUCUCAGGACAGUACUUCAUCCAAGGGGGCAAUGAAAGCGAGGAGAAGAAGGCCUGCCAGUUCAAGCGCUCACUGCUGCAGAACUGCUCUGGCAUUGAGGACCCAAUCAUAGGCUACCGCCCUGGUGCUGGGGUCCCCGUGAGUGUGGACUGCAAAGUGCAGAAAGGCAAUGAGAGUGAUCUCAGAUCAGUGAACUUCUACCCUGGAAAUGGGACGUUUGAUCUCAUGUAUUAUCCCUACUACGGCAAGAUCACUCAUGUCAACUACACGUCCCCACUGGUGGCUAUGCACUUUACAGACGUGAAGAAGAAUUAUUUGGUCCCUAUUCAGUGCAGUCUGAAUGGGAAAGGUAUUAUCAACGACGUUAACAGCGACCGCUUCCUGGGCCGAAUCAUCUUCACACUCAGCAUUGGAAAGUAG